AUGACAGCCUCGCAAGAUGCGUUGGCCUAUCAUGAGCCUAGAAUCAGGACGAUGUUGAUCCAAUCCAGCUUCCUGCUUGCUCUUAAUUGGGUGAAUACUCUGCUCGACCAAUUAAUCUAUUGCGGACUCGUCGGCCAACUUCUCGUUGGGAUGGCUUGGGGUGUUCCCGGAGCCAACUGGCUGGAACUUGAUGUCCAGCUGGCUAUCCAGCAGCUGGGCUAUCUCGGUUUGCUUCUCCUGGUCUACGAGGGUGGAUUGUCCACGUCCUUCUCUCAGCUGAAAUCGAAUUUCAUGCUGUCUUCCAUGGUGGCUAUGACCGGCGUAGGUGUGCCUAUGGCUUUGUCUUUCGUCUUGAUGCGUCUCGUGUCAGCAACCCCUCUCCAAGCCUUUGCAGCUGGCGCAGCGCUCUGCUCGACUAGCAUUGGCACAACAUUCACCAUUCUAUCCACUACUGGACUAGCCAAAACGCGAUUGGGCGUCGUCCUUGGCAGCGCGGCCAUGAUGGACGAUGUGGCAGGCUUGGUUAUGGUGCAAAUCAUCUCUAAUGUGGGGGGUGCAGAACAAGGCUCAUCGUUCAAUCCAGUUGUGAUUAUCAGACCAAUAAUGGUUGCCAUUGGUUUUGCGCUGGGGCUUCUCCUCAUCUGUCGUUUUGUCAUCAGGGUGCUUGUGGGAAGAUUGCGAGGCCACAAGACCAAUUUCCACCCACGGAUGAGGUCACCCCGUCUUGCAUUCGUCAUUCAUAUGCUCUAUCUCAUUGGACUCGUCACCGGGGCACAGUACGCUGGUACAUCAGGGCUUUUUGCAGCAUACCUAGCGGGGGCGAGUAUCUCUUGGUUCGAUGAAUUGCUGACUCCUCUCAAUACACCCGAGACAGAAAGCCCCGCCAGCGAGCAGAUUCAGAGUAGGCAAGAUGGCAUCGAACUGCGGCCUCAACCUGCUCGCGGUACAAGCGAUAUGCAGACUGCUCAGGGCGAGGAAGAUUUGACUGAAACAUCAGCUCGGCCAGAAGUGGCAAUUCAGACCAAGAUAGUAACCGGCGAACAAACAUAUGAAAUGUUUUGUAAAGAACCUCUCAAGCGGAUCUUGAGCCCACUCUUUUUUGCUUCUAUAGGGUUUUCAAUGCCCAUUACGAGAAUGUUUGCGGGGAAGGUCCUUUGGCGAGGAGUGGUUUACACAAUUUUUAUGGCGUUCGGUAAGCUGAUCACGGGAAUCUGGCUGAUCCGCCUCUCUGCAUUUUGCCCAACCACGCUGGAGAAGGUAAAGCAGGCAUUGCUCAAAUUUGCCACUUUCAGCGCAGCCAGAUUACGAAAGACCAAGCCUCGAUGCGAUAUUAACCCCUCACGAGAUUCGCCCCGGAUCCGAAUAAAGCGAAGCGAUGGAUCAAAGCAAGAUGAUGACCUUGCCGCUUCUGGACAAGAGCCGCAGAAGCAGGAUUCCCAUGUCCCCGCGGCAGCAGCGGGAGCUGACUCCACUGGGGACCGGCCUUCGGUGUCACAAGUCAGCAGCUCGAAGCUGCCUUCUAAGCCCCGGUCAUUGUAUCCAGCGUCGAUAUUGGGGCUGGCCAUGGUAGCACGAGGCGAGAUCGGUUAUCUCAUUGCGUCUCUAGCGGAAACAGACGGGAUCUUCUCCUCUCAAUCGCCCUCAUCAGGUGGAACAAGCGGUCAACAGGGCGCCUCAGAGAUGUAUCUGGUAGUUGUCUGGGCGAUUACCCUCUGCACCUUCAUCGGCCCGCUUUGCGUGGGGCUCUUGGUCAAAAGAGUGAAGGCUUUACAGGAACUUCGAGCUCGUUCUAGUGGAGAUGACCCCUUGGGCCUGUGGGGCGUGUCUUGA